GUGAUAUAUAAGGUGUCCUAGAAUGCUUCAAAUCUCCACUUCCAAGCCUCAGACCUCAUCGACUCAUCACACAAGUACUUCCACCCUCACAAUACAAAGAUGACACUAUCUACAGCAACGCGUCCAACUUCGACAUACAGCCUCGCCGGUAUGCUAAUUUCUUUCUUUCUUUAUACCCAAGCUCACGGAUGCCUAGGUCGCUUAAAGACUCGUAAACCGAAGAGCGCCUCGGAAGAGAUUGGAGAUACAAUUCGCGCUUUUCUGCAGCACUUUGACACCACCGACCUGCCGUCUAUUUGGGAUCCGACACUGGAAGCCCUUUGCCUCGCAGAGGCCAAACGUCGCGGAUACUCCAUCGAUGUCCUCAGACCUUACCUGACGCUUGGACUCAACAUCACUGUUUCUGCGUACCACCAUAUUGACAAUGCCAAUGUCAAGGUGUUUAUCGCGUUCUUCUGCAUGUUUCUGAUAUACCUCGAUGACGUCUAUCCUGACGAUUCCGAUGCUUUGGGUGGAGUGCCUGAUUUUACAAGGCGCUUCACAUCAUCAGAGAAGCAGUCAAGCAAGAUCUUGAACGAUCUGGCCGACCUUUUGACCGAGAGCUCUCAGCACUUCGGCAAAGUCACUGCUGAUUUCAUCGUCCACUCUGCCCUCAAGUUCAUUACUGGGCUGAUCCUAGAGGUCCAGAGCAAGCAGGAGUCGACACAACGCGUUGAAGAAUAUGCCAUAUUCCUUCGCGAACAAUGCGGGCUUGCAGAGGCUUUCGCGAUGUUCAUUUUCCCCCGGGAUGUCCCAUUCCACCUAUACAUCCAGGCUCUCCCUUCCAUGCGAGAUUUCAUUGACUUCGCGAACGACAUCCUUUCAUUCUACAAGGAGGAGUGCAGCGGCGAUACCAACAAUUUUAUAUCGCUACUAGCUCAAGCUCGUAGUGCGCCUAAGAAUCAGGUUCUCCGCUACGUCGCAACACAGUGCCUUGAAUCAUACGAAAGGGCCCUGCGUAUCUUGUCACCUCACAAAGAAGCGUACUUGGCGUUUGAAGAGUUCACAGAUGGGUAUCUGGCGCUUCAUUUGGGAAUGAAGAGAUAUAGGCUUAGCGAGCUGGGAUUAUAAAUUCGUUUUCUCUCUUUAAUUUAUAUAUUCUAAUUAAAUUAGUGUACACUACAAUACAACAUAUCUUUGGGAACCGAGAAAAUCCUGUUUUGGAUAAGCCUCAAGUUUCAGGUCUUUGGAACCGGUUGAGCUGGAGUACAGUCAUGUCAACUUAGUGGCAUGAAGUCGCUGAUCAAUGAUCGUCGAAUCCCCAUCCGAAAAUG